ACUCUGGUUACUGAAACAACGAGAACUAGGAAGCAGACUUGAUGAGGAAGUUAAUAGCUCAGAAAGAGUCCAGUGACCCUGGAAGUGGAGGAGAACCAAGGUGCCGGGGACAGGAAGAGUGGCCUGGACAAAUAACUGCCAGUUCGGAGACUCUGAAGUGUGAAGGACCUGUCAGCACUGAGCAGAGCAGCUGCCACGCUGAGGAAGAGGAGGAUGUGACCUACUCCAGUGAUGAAGACUUCCAGGCCAAGGGCUACAAGUUCAGUAAACCCUUCCAUCUCAUCAUUUCCUAUGGCAUUACUUGGGACCACCCAAGGGAGGUGAAUGACACUCAGCUCUUACUCUGGGCCACAGACUGGCUGAUCCUCCAAGGUCCAGAUACAUCCAUAUUUGAAGGAGACCCACUGGUUCUGCAGUGUCGUGCCUGGCAAGACUGGCCACUGACUCAGGUCAUCUUCUACCAAGAGGACUCAGCCCUGGCUCCUCCUGGACCUAAAAGAGAGUUCUCAAUCGAUGUGGUACAAAAGUCGGACAGUGGAAACUACCACUGUAGUGGCGUCUUCAGGAGCCUCGGUCCUGGAAGCCGAGAGACUGCAUCCCCAGUGGCUAUCACAGUCCAUGAACUGUUCCCAGCCCCAAUUCUUAAAGCCUUUCCUUCUAGUGAGCCCCAAGAGGGAGACUCAGUGACUCUAAACUGUCAGACAAAGCUGUCCCCGCAGAGGUCAGCUUCCCGCCUCCUCUUCUCCUUCUACAAGGAUGGAAGGUCACUGAGUAUCAGAAGCGUCUCUGCAGAACUCCAAAUCCCCAAGGCUUCAGAAGAGCACUCUGGCUCCUACUGGUGUGAGGCAGCUACUGAGGACAGGCAUGUUUGGAAGCAGAGCCCUCAGCUGGAGAUCCAGGUGCAGGCUCUUCAGAAACCAACUGCUUCAGAAACUCCUCCCGUGGAGCCCCCCGGCACUCUGCCCCCACCACCUGCUCCUUCAGCUGAGCACCUGGGAGCCUCCUCCUCAGACCCUCACUUACAUCACCAGAUACGGCUUCUUCUCAAACAAAUGCAGGAUGUUAAAGUUCUCCUUGGUCAUCUGGUCGUGGAGCUGAGGGACUUGACUGUCUACCUGAAGCCUGGUGUCACAAAGGUUGCUGACAAAUGAAAGCAAGCUAUCCGUCUGUGACGUGUUCAACCACCACAAUAAUUACAGCCGUUUCUGUACUGCAUGCAUGCAGAAAUAGUUUUGCAAGCUGUCUUGGUGCUUUGUUAGAAUAAUGGAGCUGGUUGGUGUAAAUAAACAUGUACAAGGUAAUAUCCAGAAUGUUCCUAUAGCUGUGUAUUUUCUUUGACUGUGAUAAGGUCUUCUGUACCCUAGAGCAGGAAUUUCUUUCUGUUUCCCAGAGUAGAAUUUAAAGAGAAGCAAUGGAAGUGAACUUACUACUGCACUCUCAACUGAGGAGAGGGGAAUUUCCCUUCCCUGUAUUCCCACGGGAAACAUUUAGCAAUGUCCCCUAGACAUUUUGGGUUUCACACAGGGUGGAUUGGUAUGCUAAAAGAAUUUAAUAAGUAAAGGUAUUUACAAGUCAAGAAGGCUGUUAACCAUCCUUCAAUGCACAGGACAGCCAAGAAAAAAUUUCCUGUCCCCAAAUUUUAGUGUUAAAUUUAUAAAAUAUGGGGCUAAUAAAAGCUGGUGUUAAUCUGA